GUUGAUUAACUGACUAAAAAAAAGCGACGAAAAUAUGAGUCAGUCUUUUGAUUUGCAGGAAAGAUACAUUUUAGACCUACCGGAUGAAAUGCUUCUUCAUAUCUUCAGUUAUCUCAAUAUUUCAUCAUCACGUAAACACGUUUCACGAGUUUGCAGAAAGUUUUAUGAAUUAAUGUGUGUCGUUAGACGAGACUCGGAAUUUCCAUUGGAACUUUCUUAUUCAAAGAUUUGUGACAAAAAAAUUCGCAGAUCAAUUGUGUACUCCUCUCGUGAGUUUGAAGAAUUAACAAUUUAUUAUCGUCAUGAUCAGGAAAGCAUCAACAGAAAACAUGAAAUUAAAAUUGAAUAUAUUGAAGAUGUGAUGUUGAAUUUCGGAAGACGAAUAAAAAAGUUUGGAUUGAGCAAUUUUGAGUUAUUCGAAUCGCAGUUGAGAAAAAUACUUGAUUGCAUUCCUAACGUAGAAUUUCUGGGACUGAACAAAGUUAAAGUGAAUAUCGAACCGAAUGAAAAUAUUUCUGAGCUCAACCUAUGCAAACUGAAGAAGCUAGAGAUAAGGAAUGGCUCAAACUGUUUUAAUAUCCUCAACAGAUUACCAAAGGAUACAAUAAGAGAAGCAAUUAUUAUGUCUCAUGAUGUUGACAUAGGCUUGCAAAAGUUCUUCAAUAAACAAACAAACAUUCAGAUGCUUGAAAUAGAUAAAAAUAAUCAACUUAAGUUCGAUCAUCUCAAACUUGAAUAUCUGAAACUCAAUUCGAAAUUUAUAAAUCUUCCUCUAAAUUUGCGGCAGCAGCAGAAACUUCGUUACAUCGAUUUUUCAAAUUAUUUAAUUGAUGAUGAAAUUUUGACAACGAUAUGUAAAAUGACAAAUCUAGAAGUAGUAAAAAUGUGCGUUAACCUUGGUAUGCCCUGUUAUGUCUUUGAAUCUCUUAAGUACCUCACACAAUUAAAGGAACUUCAAUUAAAAUCUGACGAAAUUCAUAAGUGUAAUCAUCUCCUCGAAUUGAGCAGAAUGCGUUUAAAGAUUGAAAAAUUGACACUUUUAUUCGAAAAGGAAAAAAUUCCACCAGAAUUCUUCAUUCAAUUGAGCCAAAACUUCCGCAAACUCAAGCAAAUUAUAAUUUCCAAUCGCUCGAUUAUUAUCAUUAACACUAUUUUGGAACACUUUCCCAAUUUGGAGUCGAUUGCUGUUGAUUUCUACAGCGAUGAACCAGAAGAAAUUUUGGUGAUCAGUGAAAAUCUAAAACAUGAGAAGCUCAAGGAAAUUAUUGCGACCAGUCACUGUGAAGAAAAAAACACAAACUCGCUUCUCACGCUUCUCAAUGCUUGCCCAAAUCUCGAGCGAAUUAUGUUAUUUAAUCUAGCUGAAGAUCUGCAACAAAUUAUCAAUAACCAUCCCAAGUUAACUGAGUUGAGUCUUAGAUUCGAAGAUUUUACAUUUUUUGAUGAAAUUAAAGAAAAGGUGCAUGCUAUCUCUACUGCAGCAAAAAGGCUCAAAUACGUCAACCUAAAUGGACUCAGUAGAUGCACUGAAUUUUUAGAAAGAGGGUCAUCUAUAGAAGGACUGUUUACGGAUGUAUUUGAGGAUGAGUUUGAUGAUAUUAUGUUCUUCGUUCAUAUAAGUUCGGCAACAGAAGCCGAGACUGAAAUCAUGAUGAAGAAGAAACGAAAUUCUUCCGAAUUGUGUUGUGAAGAAUUACGAAGUUGA